AUGCAGAGUAACCAGGGCCCGACGGGUGAGCUGGUCGGGUCGGGCCAGGAUGAAGCAGAGCCAAAGAAAGUCGGGUUGAUCCUGGUCAACCUGAACCCGACCGGACAGAGCACCUGGUCCACCAUGGCAGGAGGCGGUGGCAGUAGCAGGACUCGCAGGGUGGUACCCUCCUUUCGUGACUCCCCGAUCGGCUGGGCGUCCCCACAGAAGUUGGGAGUGCUGGAGGUCAGGGCGGCUGGUUUCACUUGGGAGGAUAUGGUCGAGUUAUGGUGGCCAGAGAGGAAGUCUGGAGCCCAAACUAGAGGCACCCUGUUAUACCAAUCCACGCAUCGAAAAUCAUGA